UUGAGGUCAGCGGCAGAUGUCGUCGCUGAGCUUGAAUCUCUUGCACGUACCUGUAAUCGGUGUCACCAGCCAUUUCGUGAAGAUGAGCUCUAUGUAGCUCUGGAAGGAACGUCUUGGCAUCAAGGAUGCUUCCGAUGCGCGCAGUGCCUUCUAUCAUUGGAUUUGAAUGAAGACUUUUUCGAGGUGGAUGGGCGAUUUUAUUGUAAGCACGAUUUUGAAGUGCUCUACUCUCCAAUAUGUACGAAAUGCAAUUCCUUUAUCGUCGGAAAAGUGAUGAAGUCAGCAAACUACUGCUUCCAUCCGGAUUGCUUCAGAUGUGCAAGCUGUGACGGUAGUUUAGACGAUGGUGCAUGGUGUGUAGAUGGAAGAGUGGCUUUAACUGGAGAGGCUCGUCAACUGCUUAAGAACUGGUACUGUCCACGAUGUUUUGAUAAGCGUUGUGAGACCUGUGCCAGCUGUCAUAAGCCUAUUGACAAAGAACGUGAACGAAGCACAAUGGCCUUGGGAAAAAAGUUCCAUGUAGAGCACUUUCGCUGCGCAAAGUGUGGUGUCGCCUUUAUGGGAAGGCAUCAUUUUGAGCACAACGGCAAAGCAUACUGUGAGGAAGAUAUUGUGCAGGUAGACGGUAAACUGUAUUCUUUUUUUUUUUUGAGAUAUGCAUUGUAUCGAAGUGGGGGUGGAACAAUUAAAAACAGGCCGUGCUGUGGCCAACCAAUCGGAGGCGGUUCACAUACCCAUUGCACCUACAUAUCUCAUUGGCUGUUCACACCUUAG